UUAAGUGCAUACUUGUGGGACUAUUUUAACCUACCCUCAAACAUAAGAGACCAUUUUGGUUAACUUGUGGCAAACCUAAAAGACCAAGACUAUAAAUUGUAUACUUAAGAUACUAUUUUGAAUGUCCCCUCAAACAUAAGGGACCAUUUUCUAAUAUAUGAUAAACUUCUUUCUAUUCCAAUUCAAAUGUAAUGAAGCCCCAAAUACAAACACAAACACGAGAAACCGAGAAAGGAGGAAGAAACAAAGGACUCAAAGAUGAUCAUGAAUGCUCCGCCGCGUGACAUAUGUAAAUGGCAAUGGCGUAUUCAUGCUUCUCGCUACCUUUCGGUUGUCUUCUUCUUGGUAAUCAGAAAAAGAAGAAGACAUAAUAGAGUAACAGAAAGAAAAAGGGACAAAAAAAAUCUAUCCCGGCUUUUACUCUUGUUUUCUACUAGCUUUUCUUUCUUUUGUCGGAUCUUCCGAAAUGUAACCGCUUCAUUGAUAUAUAUGUUGCUGAUGGUAUCUCUUCACCAUUGUGUUUCUUGGCCUGUUUGUACUCGGUGACUGGAAUUAUGAAGAUUGUGCCAGGGUUUGCUGAGAAAACACAUUAAGGUGACUUUGGAAUUCUCAAGAUUGCAUCUUGGUUUGCAAAGAAGACACAAUAAGGGAAUCUCAUUCUUCUGGGUAUUGAGUUUGAAGUGCUAGGAACGACGAAAUUGUACAUAGCCAUAUGCUUCCAAGAAGAUUUCCUCAGAUGAACGUUGAAAUGGAUAAUGCUGCGCGAGUAAUUCAGCAUGACUUAUGGCCACUAAAUGAAAUUGAUCCAAGCACGCAAAAGUUCCCUUGUUGCCUUGUUUGGACUCCUCUCCCUGUGGUUUCUUGGCUUGCACCUUUUGUUGGACAUGUUGCCAUAUGCAGAGAGGAUGGUACCAUUGUGGAUUUUUCUGGAGAUAACAUGAUUCAUGUUGGUCAGCUCUUCUAUGGAGCUGUAGCCAGAUACUAUCAGGUAGACAGACAGCAGUGCUGUUUUGCUCGCAACUUUGGUGGACACACAUGCCAUCAGGGUUACCUACAUGCUGAAUUUGGGACUGCAAUAAGUUGGGAUGAUUCUGUUCAGUUGUCUAGGCGCACCUUUGAGCACAGAAACUACAACAUUUUCAGUUGCAACGGUCACUCAUUCACUGCUAAUUGCCUGAACCGGCUAUCAUAUGGAGGAUCAUUGCAUUGGAACAUGAUUAACGUUGGAGCUCUUAUAAUGUUCAAGGGGCAGUGGGUCAAUGGCUGGUCAAUCUUGAGAUCAUUACUGCCUUUCAUUGGGAUGCUUUGCUUUGGAUAUUUCAUGAUUGGAUGGGCGUUUCCGAUUAGUCUGUUCUCCUUUUUUCUGCUCAUUUUUGGAUGGUACGUCUUGAUAAGUUACUGUUGCAAGAUUGAGGAUGACGAUUAGGACCUUGUGGUGUUAGUUCAAGUCUUUUAAGGUGGUUGAGAAACUCUCUUCUUGUGGGAGAAUACUUAUUUUCUGUUGUAAUGUAAUAUUAAAACAUAUCCUAAUAUUUAUUUUCUGUUGUAAUGUUAUGUUAAAACAUAUGCUAAUAGUUAUUUUCUGUUGUAAUGUUAUGUUAAAACAUAUGCUAAUAGUUAUUUUCAUGUUGUAAUGUUAAAACAUAUGUUAA